UAGUUAGUUGCAUAACCACUGACGCCUCGUAUAAUAGUUUGACGUUUGUCAUUUUAGUGUUGCAAUUUAACCAAUUUCAUUUCGCAAAAAAUAGAAAAUCAUCAACAUUUAUACUACUGUAGAACGAUUGUAGUUAAAAACUGGUGUAAAUAAAGUGUUAUGUGUUUUCUAUGUGAAUAGAGCUAACGAUAGAAACCUGUCUUGGGUGUUGGUUAUAAUCAUGAUGCUGACUCUACCUUUUAGAAAUUUUAUAAAGAAAGCUGCAAAUCGAACCUUGCAAAACAGUUUUAUAUUGAGGGCCAAAUCUACCAAAGGAGAGAAAAGUGAAGCUGAGAAGAGUCAAGAAGUUGCUCUUGAAGAGAAACUCUUUCUUGUUGAUGAGAAUGACAAAGUUAUAGGGCAUGCCUCUAAGAGAGAAUGCCAUCAAGUGAAGAAAGACGGGGAAAUUCCGCUACAUAGGGCCUUCAGUGUGUUUCUAUUUAGCAGUCAUGGAGAUUUGCUGUUGCAAAGACGUUCAGAGGAAAAAAUCACAUACCCUGGAUUGUACACAAAUUCGUGUUGUAGUCACCCCAUUGUAGAUAUUGAAGGUGAAGGAGAGGAAUGUGAUGCUUUAGGCGUGAAAAAGGCGGCUCAGAGGAGGUUAGGAUUUGAAUUGGGGAUACCUAAAGAUAAGUUACCUUUAGAGAAGUUUGAUUAUAUUACAAGAGUGCACUAUAAGGAUGAUGGAAAUGGGGAAUGGGGUGAACAUGAGAUUGAUUAUGUCUUGUUCUUCCAAGGUGAUGUCCCUGUAAAUCCAAAUCCAAACGAAAUCUCUGAAAUUAGUUAUGUCCCAAGACAUGAAUUAGAUCAGCAUUUACCAACUCUAGGGACUCUUACGCCCUGGUUUAAUCUUAUCCUCAAGCACAGACUUAAACUGUGGUGGGAUAAUUUAGACAAAUUAGAUAAAAUUAUGGAUCAUGAAAAAAUCCUCAAGUUAGGAUUUCCAAAGUAAAACUUAUUAUUUUCAAGGGCCUUAAUUUAAGUGGAAAGUUAAUUAAAAAGCGGUUGUUUUAUUGGCUUAUAUAUUAUUAAUCUGUCCCCAUUUAAUUUUUUAUAAUGUAAAUAUAAAACAAGGGCCAACAAUAAAACUUGUUAAAAUA